UUUCCGUAAGCCUUAGCACCGAAUCUUCAACAUGGGAUGCUCUCACUCUAAUCAGCGGUUUGGGAUUUUAUAGCGUCAUACUAGUACGAACUAUUUCAUUAACUUUCUUGGCCACCGUUCAAGCUGGAUUAAAUGGACAAGCUGAUCGUUGGUUUCUUCCUACGAUUGUCGUUUGAUGGAUUUGAAUACAACGCACAAUACAUUGCCUUUGAAAUGUACUUUGGUCCAUCUUAAGUUAUUCACCUUGAAGCACUAAAAUCAGGAGCAAAAGUUAUGUCGAAUUCAAUACUAAAAAAGAAAAAAAGUGUUGUGUUUCUACACCAGAUUACAAUACUGAUCUUCUGUAGAGAACAAUAAUGAACUUAUUUUUUGAUGCAUAUUCCGCUGACCGUUGUUUGUGUUGGUUCUGUGGGUCUACUUGAAGUCAAGAUUUGACGCUCGAUAGGGGAAGCCGGUUUUAAGAAAACGCACGGAAUCUCGAACUAAUCGCAACGCAGUUCAUCCCCAGCACCAGCAGCGUGAUGAUCGCGUUCGCGCCAUUAGCCAUCCUAGCGAUCGUUCUAUCGGCUAGCCCCGGUACAGCAAAUACUUUGCACAACAAUCCCUUCGAUGCGAUCAAGGGAUGUCUCCAGUUCGAUGACGUCCCGGGCUACAACGACACCCCGACGUACAUUGCCACCAAUACGUUCCGCAAUGUGGGGCGCACGAGCAGCUCGCGCUACUUCCGGAUCGGUAUCAUGGGCAAGAACGAUGGCCACAUUCGGUUCGGCCGGUCGGCCUUCCCGUUCGACGAGGCGGUCGUCGAGCUAGUCAUCAGCGGUUGGGGCAAUACGCAGUCGGUUGCGCGCCGCCAGACCCGGCGCCGCAAUCAAUCGUUCACCAACGUGCUGCUGAAGGAGGCGUCGACGCCACGGUUGCUGCACAAGUCGCGCCCGCUCGUGUUCCAGCUCGAGGUGUUCGAUAAUGGGCGGGUGCAGCUGACGAAGGACGGCGAGCGGCGUCCGUUCUUCGAGUACAGCGAUAGCGAGAACGCGAUCCCGCCAGACUAUAUGGCGUUCGUGAAGUGGGACGUGGAUCUGGUCUACUUCUACGACUGUCCGCUGAACGAUGGUGGGGCAGGGGCGGUGGGCGAGGAGUCGGUGCUGCUGCGCUGCAGCCUUGCUUGAGGUUGAAGGUUAAGGUCAAACGGUGUAAGGGAAUUGGAAUUAAUAAAUAUGAAAAUAAUUCUUAAA